AUGGCUGAUGCUGAUGCUCCCAAUGCUCCCGAAGCUGGUCUCGCUCCGGCUGUUGCUGCCAAUGCCCCUGGUAUUGUUGGUGACGCCCAAGCUGCCGCUUACGCUGCGUUUGCUGCUGCUGAAGCUCAAAUGGCGAACGCUCUCGCUGUUCUUGCGGGGGAAGCACCCCCUGAUGCUCAACCCUUUCCUCCACCUCCGGGAGUGGCCGACAUUCCAGUUGGCCUCCCUCCGGUUGUGGUGGAUGCUCCUCUCAUUGAUCCGUACGACAGUCUUCUCAUGAGGGCUGGCAUGAACUACGGAACUCGCAAGGCUUUUUCUAAGGAGGGCUAUGGUUUGAUGUCUGACUUGGUUACUCUUAACCAGAAGCGACUUGAAUCCCUCAUUGAUAUGAUGAACAAGAAGCAUCGCGGUAAAUCCUUUCAAGGCGCAAUUCCGUUGGGCCUGAACCUUGUGGCUGAAGACCUUGAAAUUGAUAUUGGCCACAAAACCAAGACCACUCUCAAAGUUAUUCUCCAUUGGGCGGACCUCCAGAAAAGUCUUGGAUUAGACGUGAAUGCCGAGGAUUAUACCAAUGUUGUUGGUCAGCUUGCCCGCGAACGUAUGGAUGAAGAGGAGAAGAUUCUUGAGGCGGCCAAGAAGCUUACGCCUUCUAAGCCAACAACCCUCAAGGAUAUGACCAAGUGGCGUUCCUUCUUUGAAAACUGGAACUCGUACAUGAGUCAGUGUCGCAGUGCUGCGGCUAUCCCUCUUUUGUACGUUUACCGUACCAACGAGCAGCCCGAGACCGCUUUGGUCGGAACCUAUGUGAAUAUGGAUGCCUAUUUGGUUGCCCAGACAGUACUGUCUGGUUCCAACUUUGAGAUUGAUAAUCAACGGGUUUUUGACGAAUUCAAGGAAGCAAUCACUACAACCGGACCUGGUUGGUCUUUCAUCAAGACGUACAACCGAAGCAAGGACGGUCGUGCUGCCAUUUUGAAAUUAAAGGAACAGGCAGAAGGAACAUUAAACGAGUCCGUUUGCCGUGAUGAUGCCAUCAAGAUCCUGUCAACUACGACAUACAAUGGUCCGAGUCGUAACUGGAAUAUUGAUAUGCUGUUGCAGAAAUUUCAGUAUGUUAUCUCGGAAUUGGUCGAAAUUGACGGAGUCGCGUUGCCGGAUGGGCAGCUUGUGACUUAUUUGGUCCAGGCAUUGAAGGACCCAAGUCUGAGUUAUGUCAAUGAUGUGCAAACAUCAGGUAGUGGGGCCUCCGGUGGGAGUAUGAAAGGAGGUACCGGGAAAGGAGCCAGCAAGCCGACUCCCUUCAAGGGUGCAGUCACGGCUCGCAGUUAUACUCCGGGAGAAUGGAAAAGUUUGUCCAAGGACCAACAGGAAAAAGUGCGAUCGCUGCGUAAUAAAAAGAAGCAAGGAGGGAAACCCGAGGAAUCAGAGAGGAAUGUUGACAGUGUAGCACGGGAUGAGCCUGUGGACACUAAGGAAGUCCAUACCAGCCGUGAAAUGGAACCAACUUCAGAUGCGGCUGGCCUGCAAUUUGGCCGUGACACAUGCGUGGCUGGGGCAAACACUGUCUUGAUUGGUGAAUCGCAGAAGUCCGUAACUGUGCGACCUUUCUCCAGUGAAUAUUCUGCACUGAAGAAUAUCCCCAUUGGAACGGUUGCCACAGCUUACACAGUACCAGAAGACGGGAGAGUGGUGCUUCUUAUUAUUAAUCAGGCCCUAUUCUUUGGGGACAGAUUGAAAAACACCCUAUUGACCCCCAACCAGAUGCGAGACUUUGGCAUUGAAGUUGACAAUGCCCCUCGGCAGUACGUCGCCAACUCCAAGCACUCUUUGUAUGUUCCUGACUCCCAACUUCGGAUUCCGCUGCAGCUGCGCGGUAUAUUCUCGUUUUUGGAGUCGCGGAAGCCCACGCAACAGGAACUUGACGAGUGUGAGCACAUCAUACUCACCUCUGAUGUGCCGUGGGAGCCUUGCUCAGCGGACUUUGCCCGUCGAGAAGAAGAGGCCGCUAAGAGAGACCGGAGCGUAUCAUUGGUAGACACAACGGGACUUUCCACUGGCCACGCAAUCCUAUCAGCACACCCAUAUGGUAUACGAACUGUUGCGGCUUCGCAGCGAAUACUUGAGACUUUUUGUUCCUUGACAGAGGUUGAAUUGUGCGAGACAAAUCUGGCGGACCGCCUUAUUGCCUGUGUUAAUGUUGCGUCGGAUGAUUACUGUGGAGACGGGUUGGACGGUAGAGCUGACUUGGAUGUGUACCCGGACUCAGAAGACUUCACUCGUGUCGUCUCAGUUUAUGAUGGGUCUAAGGAGCAGGGAGGUGGCAAACAUUGGAAAGAGAUUGAGCAGCGUCACCAUAUCCAUCGCCAUGUAACGGAGCCACACAGUCAGUGGCAGAAUCGAGCUGAAGGAGAAAUUCGUGAAAUUAAGAAGGCUGUUCGGCACCAACUGCAGGUUUCUCGUGCACCACAGCGACUAUGGUGUUUUUGUUGUGAAUGGGUGUCGGCUAUCCGUCGAUUAACUGCUCACGACAUUCCUGCACUAAACGGUCGAGUUGCCACAGAGCUUUUGGAAGGGGACACCCCCGAUAUUUCUGAGUACGCGCAAUUUGACUGCCAUCGAAAAUAG